CCUGAGAACCCACGCACUCAUAGAUGGACCAUCGGUUCUUCCGAGCCUAAGAGAGAGACAAUUUCGCCAUCAUUUGUUCGCAAAUAGGUACGAACACGCGUCCCGCGAUCCUUCAGCGCCGCUAGAGAUGCUGCGCCCAGCAAUAAGCAAUCAGCCCCAAACGGCGUUCCGGCGACGUGGGAAAACCCCGCUUCGGCUCCCUUUACGCAACGACAGCCGCGUAACAGUGUUUCGAUGAUGCAGUCAUCUCCGCAGGCCAUUUGGAUACCUGCUAGUUAGUAUAAACCAUGGUGGAAGGCCAACAACAGCCGAGGGUUGUUGACCUACCAACAUCUCGAUACCUCAGCUCCCACCACCCGCACCGCACACCAAUAGCCCAUGAUGUCCACCAUCGAGUUGGAACGAAACUCGCGCGCUGGCGCUGAAGAGUCCGAGUCCUUGUGCGAGACUCCUCCGCCGCAUGAACUGCACUCUUCCGGCGCCCUGCUAUCUAGCGAAGCGGCAGUAUCAGCCGAAGGACAUGUCACAAUCAGCUUCCAGUCGGAUUGUCCACAACAACUCGCGGAACAGCUUCCCCCUUUUCCGACAGCUGAGAGGGCCGCAGUACCGAACGACGGCACGGAAAACAUACCGCCUCUGAAUAUCGUCAUUCAAGUGGUGGGCAGUCGUGGUAAGGGCCAAGUUGUCAUUGACAGCCUAUAUCCACCCCUUAGCUGUUCCCUACUCUCAAUGCUCAUGACUUACAUGCCUUCCAUAGGUGACGUUCAGCCCUUCAUCGCCCUUGGGACAGCCCUGCGUCGGUACGGCCAUCGGGUCCGACUUGCGACGCAUGACAACUUCGCCAGCUUCGUCACUGACUCUGGCUUGGAAUUUUUCCCCAUCGGUGGUGAUCCUGCAGAUCUGAUGUCGUACAUGGUCCGCAACCCCGGGCUGAUCCCUUCUAUGGAAUCUUUGAAGGGAGGCGACGUGGGUCGAAAGCGCCGCAUGAUGCGCGAGAUGCUCCACGGAUGUUGGCGCUCUUGCAUAGACCCGGACCCCGUCAGCAGACGGCCUUUUGUCGCCGAUGCCAUCAUCGCCAAUCCCCCGAGCUUCGCUCACGUGCACUGCGCCCAGGCACUCGGCGUCCCCGUCCACAUCAUGUUCACGAUGCCGUGGACCGCGACGCGUGCGUUCCCACAUCCCCUGGCCAACAUCCAGCGCAGCAAAGACCUCGAACCGCAGGUAACGAACUGGCUGUCGUACGGCGUGGUCGAGCUGAUGACCUGGCAAGGCCUGGGCGAUGUCAUCAAUAGCUGGCGGCGAAGAGACCUCGAACUUGCACCAAUCCCAGCCAGCAUGGGCCCGGGCAUCACGACCUUUCUCAAGAUCCCGCAUACCUAUUGCUGGUCUCCAGCAGUGGUUCCCAAGCCCGCUGAUUGGGGGCCGGAGGUUGAUGUGUGUGGUUUCUUCAUGCGCGAUGAGCCAGCCUACAGUCCGCCCGCCGACCUCGAUGCCUUCCUCUCAUCGGGACCUCCCCCGGUGUAUGUCGGGUUCGGUAGCAUCGUAAUCGACGAUCCGACUCGCUUGACGGAAAUCGUUCUGGAAGCCGCCCGCGUCUGCGGUACUCGUCUUCUGAUCUCACGAGGAUGGAGCAAGCUCGGCGAGGGCAGGCCGAACACGGCCAAUGUGUUUUACCUGGGCGACUGUCCGCACGAGUGGCUGUUCAAGCGGGUGUCAGCAGUGGUGCACCACGGAGGCGCCGGGACGACCGCCUGCGGUCUCGUCAACGCGCGCCCGACCAUUAUCGUGCCGUUCUUCGGCGACCAACCGUUCUGGGGCCGAGUCGUCGCGAAAGCAGGCGCGGGUCCCGCGCCCAUCCCGCAAAAAGAGCUCGACGCGAUGAGACUUGCGGAAGCCAUUCGUUUCUGUCUGUCGCCCACGGCAAACCACGCCGUUCAAACCGUGGCGGAGAAAAUGUGUCAGGAACACGGCGUCGACGCCGCGGUGCGGUCGUUUCACCGCAACAUCCCAGCCAGCGCCAUGUGCUGCCACCUCUUUCCCGACCAGCCUGCCGCAUGGACGUACGAGAAGACCUCCAAGACGGGACGGAAAAGCCUGAAGCUUUCGAACCAGGCGGCUGCUUGGAUGCUUGAGUCGGAGAGAGUGAAGAUUACCGACUUGAAAGCACAUCGAACGAACGAGUACGAUACCGACGUCAAGCGAUGGGACCCUCUAACCGGUGGCGCCUCCUCGCUCCUCGGCACCAUAACUGACUUCACGUUCGCUCUCGGCGGGACGUUUAUAGAUCCGUGGAAGGAAUACAGGCGCACCAGGACCUCCGGCCAGGAUGCGGGACGCGCCAGCGGUGCGGCCGCCAUGGCCUUCGGCAAUGGGUUCGUCUCCAUGACCAAGGCAGUGGUCAAGGGCGGCUUCAUUGACCUUCCUUUGGCCUUCGCCGAAGGUUUUCACCACGCACCUCGGUUAUAUGGCGACAAGCCCCGGGAGCACGGCAAGGUGGAGGACUGGAAGAGCGGCAGGAUCGUGGCUGCCAAGACCUUUGGAACUGGCUUUUACGACGGGCUUACAGGUGUCUUUACCGACCCUUACAAAGGUGCGAAGGAAGGAGGGGCUCUUGGUCUAGCCAAAGGGCUGGGCACAGGGUCUGUCGGGCUCGCCCUCAAGCCGGGAGCAGCUAUUUUCGGGCUUCUUGCCUACCCUGCGCAAGGUAUUCAUAAAUCCCUCAAAGCAAGGACAGGCCGGAGCCGCGCAGUGUGGACGGCAAAAUCUGCAGUUCUGGACCACGACCAACGGCAGCGCAACGGGACACCCCGCGGCGGCGGAAGCGAGGCCCUGCAGGUGUUUGACGCAUACUUUGCGCCAUGA